AUGUCUAUGCCGUUAAGUCAGGAGUUGGCGGAUAUUUUUGAACAAAUUGAUACACACUACAAUGGCUACAUUACACGAGAUGAGUUGGAGGCAUAUGCAAAGAAGACUAAUCAACCGGAAGAUAUGGUGGAUAACUGGUUCAAAUGGUUCGAUUAUAGAGGCGUUGGAAGAAUUACCUUUGAGGAUUUGUGCGAAACUCUGGCCAUUAGCAUGUCAAAGAAUUAUUCACGGAAUGUCGAAAAGAAGAGGGAGACGCAAAAGGAGGCUAAAAGUAAAGAGAUCAAAAAAAUUGACUCCAGCUUAAUGGAAGGCGUGAAGGUUCUCUACUCAGGCUCAGUAAAGAAAGGACUCCUGGAGCAUGUUGUGCAAGAAAUCAAGAGCGCAAAUAUGGAUCGUUUCGACAAGGAGUCACAAUUUGCCAAAUAUUUGAAGGAGAACAUGGAGAAGAAAUGGGGUCAACAUUGGCAAGUUAUUGUCAGUAGAGCCACUUUUGGGUGUUCGGUGGGACAUGAGGAAGAUUACUUUGUCCAUUUCCAAUAUGGACCCUAUCUCUACAUUCUUUACCGCACUCCAGAUUGUGUGCAGUUUACUGGCGAGGAAGCAAGGAAGGUCAAAGCUAUGGAAUUCGAGGUGAUGGACCAUAUUGAGAAGGCUGAUGUGGAUUCAAAGGGCUACCUAACAAGAGAUGAAUUGAGGAAUUACUUCCAAUCACUUGGACAAAAUCCCGACUUUGUAGAUGAAUGGUUCAAAUGGUUCGAUCUAGACAACAAAGGCGUAAUAGAAGCGGAAGAAGUCUGCACCACCCUUGGAAUGACUAUGCGAAAACCCUACGCUGAGCGUGUGAAAGCUAAUCGAGAAAAAGCGGCCGCAGGAGAGAGUGUAGCCGUCUCCCAGGCAGGACACGAGAAGUCCUCAGAUGCUCAAGUUACAAAAAGCCAAAAUGAUAGUCGAAGCACAAGUACAAGAAGUCUGGAUGGCGAUGGAGUGGAUAUGAUGUCAAACAGGAUGAACUCUUCACUCUCAUCAACUAUUGAUAUAACAAGUGACGACGAAGUUCCAACUUAUUCGGCUAGUAAAUCUGGAUUGGAUAGAACUAUUUCGGCAGAUAUCACCAUUGAAGAAAUGCCAACUCAUUUGGAAGAAUCCGCCCCCGUUACUCAGCACGAUGAGAAAGAUGUUUUAAAAAGAAAUGAGAGCCUUGAAAACCUCCGGAAGAGCUUUGAGAUACUGCAUGAAGAAAAAGUGAAUGAGGAACUCCUUAGUGAUAUAAUGAGGAUUGUGAAAAAUAAUGAAAGAAAAGUCCAAGAGGAAAGAGAGAUGGCAAAAUUGUUGAAGGAUGGAGUGGAAGAGAAGCAUGGCAGACAUUGGCAGGCCAUUGUGGCGUACACGAACCUUGGAUGCAACGUGGAACAUGAGGUGAAUACAUUUGUGUACUUGAGAAAGGACAAUCAUAUAUAUAUUCUCUUUCGAACACCGAUAUCUGAAUAG